GUCGAACCGAGAGCUUUGCAGCAGCUCAGUCACGCAACGUCUGAGCUCCGCACGCUUUCAUUCGAAGCUGAAAUGGCCCCCAUCAAGCGCAAGGGCAAUGCCACCGAAGAGGCAUCAGCCCGUAACCCUCAGAAGCGUGUACGGGUGGGAGCCGAUGAGCGCAAGAAGGAGGGCAAGACUGCGACCGCCGAUUCUGCGCCUAAAGCCUCUGAGCUCACGGUUUUGCGUGAUGAUGAGCCUUCCUUCCCUCGUGGUGGAGGUAGUGUUCUAACGCCGCUGGAACGGAAACAAAUUCAAAUUAAGGCCACCAAAGAUGUCCUCUUCGAACAAAAGGGCGGAGCUAAGAAGGCUUCGCGGGGUUUUGACGACGAAGCUUUUGAAGAUGACACAGACAUGGACGACGUAGAGGAAACCGGCGCCGGUGCUACAAAGAAGACCCAGAAGCGCAAGAAGGGUAAGAAGAAUGCGAAGCAGGAUGCACAGGAUAAAGGUGUCCGAAUUGAGGGUCUUAGUUUCAAGCGAUUGGCACCUGGGACCAUGGUUCUUGGACAGGUUUCAAGCAUCAGUGCUCACGACAUUGGCAUCUCCCUCCCCAACAACCUCGUCGGCUACGUUCCUUUGACUUCUGUGUCAAGAAUUUUCGAACAAAAGGUCGAGGAGAUGCUCAAGAAAGACGGGGAUGAAGAUGACGAAGAUUUCGACCUGGAAGAUUAUUUCUAUAUUGGCCAAUAUUUGCGCGCAUACGUUGUAUCAGCUGGGGAUAAAUCAAACAACGCCACCUCGAAAACUAAGAAACGCAUCGAACUCACAAUUGACCCAAGACAAGCAAACUCCAGUCUACAGAAAUCGGAUCUUGUGACCAACACCGCUGUUCAGGCAGCGGUGGUUAGCGUUGAAGAUCAUGGUUUGAUCAUGGACCUGGGCAUUGAGGGUUCUGAUGUGAAGGGCUUCAUGUCGUCAAAAGAAAUCGACCCUCGAACCGACCUCUCUACUAUCAAAGAAGGAUCCGUCUUCUUGUGCAUGGUCACUGGCCAAAAUACUAGCGGCAGUGUUAUCAAGCUAUCUGCCGACCUUCAGUCCUCUGGAUCAAUCAAGAAGUCACAUUUCCUCAGCAGUGCUCCUACCGUCAACUCUUUCCUUCCCGGUACUGCAGCAGAGAUCCUCCUAACCGAUGUAACCUCAAAUGGCAUGGUUGGAAAAAUAAUGGGAAUGCUAGACACCACUGUGGAUCUGUUACACUCUGGUGGUAACUCCGGAAAAGAUGACCUGACGAAAAAGUUCCAGAAUGGCGCUAAAAUCAAGGCUCGUCUUCUCUGCACCUUCCCCGGUUCUGAACCUUACAAAGUCGGCUUUUCCCUGCUUGACCAUGUUCUAAAGUUCACCUCUGAAGCUCACGGUCCUAAUUCAUCCGACGAUGCACCCUCUAUAUCCGCAAUCGUGCCCGAAGCUAAGGUUAUCAAAGUUGACCCCGGUCUCGGUGUUUAUGUACAGAUCGGAUCGACAAAGCAUACGGGAUUUGUUCACGUUUCAAGACUGGCAGAUGGACAAGUGGAAAGUAUUGCCGCCGAUCAUGGACCAUUCAAAGAAGGCUCCACUCAUGAGGCUAGGGUGGUCGGAUAUAGCUCAAUUGACAGUCUCUAUCUUUUGUCCUUUGAAAGGAAAGUUAUCGACCAGCCCUUUCUUCGUCUUGAGGAUAUAACCAUUGGUGCGGUGGUUAAGGGAACCAUUGAGAAGCUCUUGAUCGGUGAAUCCGGGGUAGAUGGACUGAUCGUUUCCUUGGCUGAUGGCAUCACUGGUCUCGUCCCGCCCAUGCAUUUUGCAGACACACCUCUUCAGUUUCCCGAGAAGAAAUUCCGCCAGGGAAUGUCGGUCUCGGUCAGAAUUCUGUCGGUUAACCUGGAGAAGCGUCAGAUCCGCCUCACCCUGAAGAAGAGUCUGCUGAACAGUGAAUCAGCUAUCUGGAAAGAUUACAAAGAAAUCACACCAGGAUCGCAGUCCCCCGGAACCAUUAUCAGUAUUAAGAAUCAUGGUGCUGUGGUUCAAUUUUACGGCACUAUUCGAGGCUGGCUUCCUGUUUCGGAAAUGAGCGAAGCUUACAUCAAGGACCCUUCGCAGCACUUCAGACUCGGCCAGGUUGUAAAUGUGCAUGCGCUAGACGUUGACGCUUCCCUUGACAGGCUAUCUGUGUCUUGCAAGGAUCCAUCAACUAUCGUUGAAAGUUACAAGACAGCGUUCGCCGACGUUCGCCCUGGUCUGCUAGUCUCCGGUACUGUCUUUGAGAAAUCGAGCGAUUACAUCCUUCUGAAGCUGGAUGAAUUUGGUGGGCUCGUUGCCCGGUUGAGCCUGGGCCAAAUCGCCGAUGGAUCCGCUUCCAAGCAGGCCUCAACCCUCUCGAAAAUUCGUGUUGGGCAGAAGCUCAACGAACUUUUGGUUAUUGACAUUCAUCGGGCCCAUCGACUCAUCCAUCUAACAGGCCGCGCAAGUCUCAAGAAAGCUGCCAAAGAAGGGAAAGUCCCACAGAAUUUUGAGGACGUUCAAGAAGGUGCUGAGGUUACCGGUUUCGUUAGAAACCUUACUCAAACUGGACUUUUUGUGCAAUUCUUGGGUGGACUCACUGGACUGGUUCCUAAGCGACUUGUUGGCACGGAAAACGCGAGUAAACAGGACUUUGGUUUCACAAAAUUCCAAGUUGUCUCUGCAACUGUCCACUCUGUCGACACCGACUUCCAGAGGUUCAUAUUAAGCAUGGAUCCUGAAGAAGCCACCGGUUCCGGUCCCAAGAAGGAGAAGAAAAAGAAGGCUGCUAAAGACCCUGAGGAUCCCAACGAAAUUCUCAUCAAUCCCGUUGAUGAAAGUCUUAGGUCCAAGUCCGACAUCACAUUUGGGAGAGUUGUGAAGUGCAGAAUUGCUUCUGUCAAAAGGACACAGGUCAACAUCCAACUUGCCGACAAUGUGCAAGGUCGGGUAGAUAUCUCUGAAGUUUUCGACAAAUGGGAGGACAUCAAAGACCGAAAAGAGCCGCUGAGAUCUUUGGAACCAAAUCAGAUUGUAUCUGCAAGAGUUCUUGGUAUGCAUGAUGCGCGGAGUUACAAGUAUCUUCCCAUCAGCCACCGCAGCGGAAAGUUCCAAGUGUAUGAGCUUUCCAUGAAACCAAGCUUCUUGAAGGCUGAAAAUCUUAUUCUACCCAAUAUUGAGCAAGUGCAAGUUGGCUCUUCUUGGAUUGGUUUUAUUAACAAUCUCGUGGAUGACUACUUCUACGUCAACCUGACUCCCAAUAUCCGCGGAAGGCUCCGGUUCAUGGACGCAUCUGACGAUUUGUCUCUUCUGGCUAAUGUGCAGAAACAUUUCCCUGUUGGGUGUGCUUUAAAGGUUCAUGUUACGGCGGUUGAUGCCGAGAAUGGACGUAUUGAUCUCUCCGCUAAGCAAAAAUCCGAUAAGCUGUCGUUUGAGGACCUGUCCGUUGGUAUGAUCUUGCCUGCAAGGGUCACCAAAGUUACUGAGAGGCAAGUCAUUGUGCAACUUAAUGAAGCCCUCGUUGCAGCUAUCGACUUGAUCGACUUGGCGGACGACUACUCGAAGGCAAACCCCACCGCUUUCAGGAAGAACGAAGUGGUUCGAGCAUGUGUCAUUAAUGUGGACAAGGCCAACAAGAGGGUUUCUCUCUCCCUACGACCGUCCAAAGUUAUGAGCUCAUCCCUCCCCAUUCAAGAUCCGGAAAUCACCUCGAUCGGCCAACUCAAAGUCAACAGUGUUGUCCGCGGAUUUAUCCGUCGAGUUGCAGACAACGGCCUCUUUGUGAGCCUUGGCCAUGGCGUCACUGCUUAUGUUCGUGUUACCGAUCUCUCAGACUCGUACCUCAAAGAAUGGAAGGAUGCUUUCCAGGUCGACCAACUAGUCAAGGGCCGAGUUACUGUGGUUGACCCGGAGCACAACCGACUACAGAUGAGCCUGAAGGAAUCAGCUUUGGAUCCAAACUUCAAGGCUCUUCUUACCAUUCGUGACCUAAAGGUUGGCCAAACGGUUACUGCUAAAGUCCGUAAGGUUGAGCAGUUCGGUGCCUUCCUUGUUGUCGACGGAUCUGCAAACGUUAGCGGCCUUUGCCAUCGCACUGAAAUGGCAGACAAGCGGGUGGAGGACGCUAGAAGUUUGUAUGAGGAGGGUGACGUUGUCAAGGCAAAGGUUCUCAAGGUCGACCUCGAACAAGGAAAAAUCUCCUUUGGGUUGAAGGCAUCUUACUUCAAGGACGAGGAUCUUGAGGAUGAAAGCAGCGGCGACGAGGACGAUGAGUCUGAAGGCAUCAGCCUGGAUGGCCUUGGUGGCGUUGAUUUGGAGGGAAGUGAUGAUGAGGAAGAGGAUGAGGACGAGGACGAGGAUGACGAUAGCGACGUUUCCAUGGGUGGGGUUGAUCUGGAUGAAGAAAGCGAAAGCGAUUCGGAUGAUGAUAACGGCAUGGAAGACGCUCCAGCUGCUCGUAAAGGUGGCCUAGGUGCGGUUGGAUUUGAUUGGAACGGCAACGCUCAGGACGAAGAAGAUGCGGCGAUGCGGUCUGAUUCUGAUAACGAAGAUGAGGGACCACAAAAGAAGAAGAAGAAGCAUCGCAAAGCGGAAAUUCAAGUUGACCGAACCGGCGAGUUGGAUGCUCAUGGACCACAAUCGGUAGCAGACUAUGAACGACUUCUGCUCGGCGAACCUGAUUCCUCACUUCUCUGGCUUCAAUAUAUGGCAUUCCAGCUUGAGCUAGGGGAAGUUGAAAAGGCAAGAGAAAUUGCCGAACGUGCAAUUCGCACCAUUACGAUUGGACAGGACACGGAGAAAUUGAACAUCUGGGUUGCUUUGCUCAACUUGGAAAACACUUACGGCGAUGAUGACACCUUGGAGGAAGUUUUCAAGCGCGCUUGCCAGUAUAACGACACGCAGGAGAUCUACGAGCGUCUGACCAGCAUCUACAUCCAGUCUGGAAAGAACGAUAAAGCGGAUGAACUCUUCCAGACAGCUCUCAAGAAGAAGGUCUUCCAGUCGCCCAAGUUCUUCAUUAACUAUGCCAGCUUCUUAUUUGACACCAUGGCUGCGCCGGAUCGUGGUCGUUCUCUGCUCCCUCGUGCUCUCCAGUCUCUCCCGUCUCAUACCCAUGUCGAGACCACGUCCAAAUUCGGACAGCUCGAGUUCCGCUCUGCCAAUGGAGAUGUGGAACGUGGUCGUACGGUGUUUGAGGGCCUCCUGUCUUCGUUCCCUAAGCGGAUCGACCUGUGGAACAUCCUUUUGGAUCUGGAAAUGAAGAAUGGCGAUGCGGAGCAAGUUCGACGUUUGUUCGAGCGGAUCCUCGGCAUCCGUGACGCCAAGAAGGGCAGUGGUAUUAUCAUUGAGGAGGGCAAGAAACUCCGACCUAAACAGGCUCGCUUCUUCUUCAAGAAGUGGCUUGGCUUUGAGGAGAAACUUGCGGCUGCUGAUGGCGGUAAUGAGAAGAUGGUUGAGGAUAUCAAGGCCAAGGCUGCAGAGUAUGUCAAGUCUUUGCAGCAGGAAUAAACGGAAAAAUCCACACGCAGGGGGUUUGAUUCUUUUCUUCUUUUCCUCUUUUCUUCUUAUUGAUGAUGAUGGUGUUGGUGUUGCUUGGUUGGGUUCAUACUUUGUACAUAAAAAGAAAACAGACAUCGUCAUAGCCUGGAUUUUUUUUAUAUAGAUACUGAAGGCUAAAAAAAGUUAUACUUUCUAUCCACAC